AUGGCGAUGAAUAGGCGGGAAAGAACUCGUGGAAAGCCGGUGCCAGCCGGUGCGCAGUUUUAGCUGCAUUAAAAAUGCACGCUUUCCUGAAAACCGGAAAACUGGGUGCUCCAGCAGCGGAGGUGAAGAAACCGUCGACCUCUCAAGCCAAGGACAACAAGAAGGACCUGACGCCAUGGGUGGAAAAAUACCGACCGAAAAAUGUCGACGAUAUUGUGGAACAAACGGAGGUGGUGAAUGUGAUACGGCAGGCAAUGGAACACGGAGAUUUUCCCAACAUGCUGUUUUAUGGGCCACCAGGUACAGGCAAGACUAGCAUCAUCCACGCAGCCGCGAGGCAGAUGUUUGGUAGCAUGUAUAAGGAUAGAAUACUAGAACUGAAUGCUUCUGAUGACAGAGGUAUUCAGGUUGUAAGAGAAAAGAUCAAAUCCUUUGCGUUACGCCGAGCUAAUCCUAACGGACCAGACGGGAAGAAAUGUCCGCCAUUUAAAAUUAUCAUCCUAGAUGAGGCAGAUAGUAUGACUGGUGCCGCGCAAACAGCCCUUCGUCGAAUUAUGGAGAAAGAGUCGCACAGUACGCGCUUUUGUUUAGUGUGCAAUUACCUGUCGCGAAUCAUCAAGCCGAUAGCGUCGCGCUGUACGAAAUUUCGAUUUAAGCCGCUGAGCGAUGAGAAGAGUAUUGCCAGGCUCGAGUAUAUAUGCAAUGAAGAAAAUCUAAAGGCCGAUAAAAGCGUCUUAGAAAAAAUCGUUGAAGCAUCAGGUGGUGAUUUAAGACAGGCUGUCAUGUGUUUACAAUCGAUCACGCGAUUGAAGGGAAAAGACUAUGAAAUCACUGCAGAUGAUGCACUCGACGUUAUUGGGCUAAUUCCCGAUGAACAAAUUAAUAUACUGUGGGAAGCUUGUAAAAAAGGGAAUUACAUUAAUGUCCAGAAGUCACUUGAAAAUUUGUUGCUGGAAGGAUAUCCAGGAGCAAAGGUAAUUGAACAAUUAAACGAGAGAAUUAUUUUCUCCGAUGAAUUAACUGACAAACAAAAGGCGAUAAUUGGCGACGUGCUCGGCGAAUGUGAUUACAGAUUAACAGAAGGAAGCGAUGAAUAUAUACAACUAUUAAAUGUGUUUUCUACUACCUUGAUGGCUUGCAAAUGA